AAUCAUGGUUACGAUCAACGCCCCUCGGCAGCUCUCUCUGUAAAUUCUGGUAGAUUGAUCGGGAGUUUUUUUAGCCUUGGCUAGAGAGGUUUGGAAAUUGAUCAGUAAUUUAACGGGUUUUUUCGUGAUUAUGAUACACUGGGACUAUCAUUGUACUAUAUAGUUGCAAGAUUAUCACUAUGGGAACUGGAGGUUCAAAAUUCAAAAAGUCUAAACCACAAAAAGUAGUUGCAGAAAUUAUAGUGCCAGGUCAGUCGGCUCCAAUCAAAGUCAAAGGUCAAGUCAAUAUAUCUUCUGAUGACAUAAGUCAAAAUUCUGGAGCAAAGGUCAAAGAAGUUGGACCAAACAAGUUUAGCAUUCAACUUGGUAACCAGGAUGUAGCAACGUUCAAUACAGACACCGACUUCCAUGCUUACCUAACUAAUGCUGCAGAGCUUAAAGUCACCAACAUAGAGACUGUGCCUGAUGAAGAUAAUGAUGGUAGUGGUGAAGCUGAUCACACAAUGUUUGAUUCCAGUUACUCUUUUCAACUUACUCCCUCUAGUUCGGAUGACUAUUCAGAUGAUGAAGACUGGAGUGACAUCAUAAAUAAUAUUGAUGAUCAAAGUUCAUCUGAUGAAAUCGAUGGAGCAGAUAACAGUGAAGCCAAGCAACGCAAAACACAGCUUAAGAAAACCCUGCAGGCUAAGCGUGCCAACCUAAGCCCAGAGGAAUACCAGCAAAUGAUUUCAAACCAUAAACAAGAGAUGGAGUUGAUGGAGAUGCUUCGACAAAAAGAGCUUGAUCGACAGAAGAACAGUCUUGCAUCGAAGGUAGCUGAUAGGAAAAAAAAGCGGUUGGCAAUGAAGCAAGAAGCCAUGCAGAAAAAUCAGCUCACAACUCAGGUCACAAAUAUUAAAGUUGAGAAAGAGCUUGAAAAGCAGACUGUGGAAGAAUCAGAAAUGGAGAAGCUUAAGCUACAUGUACUAACGCAAACGAACACCGAAAUGGAAGAGGAAAUAAACCAACGCAACAAAGACUUUGAUGAGCAGAUGCGAGAUGUUCGCCCUUUCAUUUCGGAGAAAGAAUACCGUAAACUACUGCUGCAGCAUAAAGCACAGGUCGGUGCUCUGUCAAGAAAGCUUGAGAUUGGCAAAAACAACCAACGAAUACAUUUGAUGGAGAAGCUAGCUCAGCGAUGUAAAAGAGGAACAUCAGACAAGAAGACAGAGAAACCCCCAAGUUCAGAGGAAGUGAAAGAACUUCAGCUAGCCUUAAACACAAAAGAGGUGGAUUUCAGAAAGGACUUGACGAGAACUAGAUCCACAUUGACUGGUCAAGAAUCUGAACGACUGAUUAAAGAACAUAAGCAAGAGAUGCAAGUCCUUCAACAACAGCUGGAGGUGGAUCGAACCAACAUGCAGCAGAACCUGAUAAAAAGGCUUAAAGCACGAAUGAAGAAUGAUCAGACUCAAGAGGGCACCUUCUUUUCUGCUGAAGAUCUAAAGCAGUUGCAGUUAGUUAUUGAUUCCCAGUCUCAAACAGCGAAUAAUGAAUUAAAGAAACAGAAAAAUAAUUUGUCAAAAGAUGAAUAUAGCAAGUUGAUGACAAACCAGAGGAAUGAAAGAGAAACUCUGCAGAGGCAUCUUGAGAGUGAAAAGACAAAGACAGAUGAAUGGUUAAGGAGGAAAAUGGCUACCAGAAGCCUCAGAAUUGACUCUUCAAAUUCUAUGAUCAAGUGGGCUGAUGUAUUGGCUGCAGCAGCCAAUUACAACGAACAACAGCUGGAGAAAGAGCUAAAUCAAUGCAAAGAAUCAUGGGAAAAAGACAAAAAGGAGAAAAAAUCUGUACUGCAACCCGAAGAGUAUGAUGCAUUGAUGAAACAAUACCAAGAGGAGGUGACUAGGCUGGAGGAGAGGUUGAACAGACAAACAAAUGCACAAAGACAACACCUGCUGGACAAGCUGGCAGAAAGGAGAGCAAAAAAGAAUAAUAAUGCAAUGGCAAUGACUGCGGAUGAGGUAAAGGAAAUGCAGCUGGCAAUAGCAGGUAAAGACGUGUCCUUCAAGGCAGAGAUAAAGAGGGUCAAAUGUGAAAAAUCAAAUGAAGAAGUACAGAAACUAAUUAACCAACACAAAGAAGAAAUGAACAGCUUCCAAAAACAAUUAGAUUUAGAGCGUGAGAAAAUGAGGGAGACCCUGUUGGCAAAAGUGGCAGCUAGACAGAGAAAGGGGUUGUCUGAUGAAGAUGAAAGCUUAACUGAUGAAGAAAUCAAACAGAGCCAGGUGGCCUUAGAUGGCCGUGACACCAUCUUUAAAGAGAACAUCAAACAGACCAAAUCAGUCCUUACAUCAGAAGACUACCAUAUACUUCUGGAUAACCACUUAACAGAACAACAGCAACUUCAAAAACAUCUAGAAAAGGAGAGAGAGAAGAUGAAUGCCUCUUUAAGUGAAACAAUUAAAAAUCGUUAUGCAAGAGAAAAGAAAGUAGGAGAUCAGGAGGUGAAUGCUGCUGCCAUCCAGGCUCGGAUGGAUGCUGCACGUGCCGAGUUUGAGCAGCAAAGUAAAAAGAAAAACAUCACAGACGAAGAGUACCAACAACUUUUACAGGAACAUGAAAACGAGAUGAAAAGGUUACAAGGUUUACUGGACAUGUCCAUUGAUAGACAGAAACUCCACAUGAUGGACAGGCUAGAUGCUAGAAGGAAAAGAAAGGCAUUAGUAAAUGCUGAAGAAGAAGAAAAACAGAGGUUACUACUUUUGUUGGGAAAAGAAGAUCUUACGAUGGAAGAGAUUGAACAAGUCAUCGAUGAUCUUGAGGAAUAUGAGGUAGCUGCACAAGAGAACUUAGAAGCAAAGAAAUCACAGAUGUCAGUUGAAGAUUAUCAGAAACUGCUUGCUGCUCAUCAGAAAGAAAUGGAGGCAUUCCAAAGAAAAUUAGAUGAGCAGAAGAAGGAUAUGGGAGCAAAGUUAGCAGUUAGGCUAGCAGCCAGGUCAAAGCUACAGACAGAGAUUCUUGAAGAGGAACAGAUGCAGGAGUUCUCUGUCCUGGAAAAUUCUGUUGAUGUGAGCUCAUUGGCAGUCACUCAGUUGUGGACAACUCCAGUGCAGUCCAAGGCUUUGGUUGUGGUUCCUUUACCAGAAGAAUAUCCUGUAAGAAAGAAGAGACAGCUGUAUACAGAUGCUGCAAUCUUCAGGGAUUUAGAUACACAUGCUAUCAAGCUUGCACAGAUUGGCAGUCUGGUAACCUACCCAACAUUCUCAGCUCUGGUUGAUGAAUUAAUGCGAAUUGGAACUAGUGAGCUGGAGAAAGCACGACUUGCAUUUCGUUGGAUUACUGCACAGAAUUGUGAUGAGAUGGACUUGAGCGAGGUGGUUGAUGAUACCCCUCUUGGCGUUCUGAAAGGCAUCUACUUCAAUAAAAUCACCUUCUCAACGUUAUUUAUGAGGAUGUGUCGAUUCAUUGGAUUAAGGUGUGUUGAAAUCAAUGGAUGUGCAAAGGUUAAAGGUUAUAAACCUGGCAUGUUUAUCUCGUUGGAAGACCAUAACUACCUUCACACGUGGAACGCGAUCCGUAUCGAUGGUCACUGGCACUUUGUGGACUGUAACUGGGGUGUGUCACAUAUCGCUGGCUCAGUAACAUUCGACCCAUUUAGGUUUGAAUAUGAUGAGCAUUAUUUCCUGGCUGACCCCGAGGUCAUCAUUGCUACACAUUUUCCAAAUGAAGGUGCUUGGCAACUGCUUCCGCAACCACUCACACUAAAGGAGUUCAAUUGCAGUGUUGUUUUGAAACCAGAUUUUUUCAAAUUUAAUUUUCAGUUACUGAACUUAAAAGAAGCAGUUGUUCAUGUAAAAACUGGAACUCUUGAUCUACGUAUUGGCCAUCCACAGGGAUUUAUUCUGUCUUGCAAGAUCGUGUCAUUAGACAGAGAAACAGACAAAACAUUAAAUGGCAUAAGCUUCUAUCACUUUGUGUUUGUCCAUCAGGUUGCUGAAAACCAAAUGAGUAUUUACAUCCGUUUUCCUGAGGUUGGCAAAUUCUUCGUUGUAGUUUAUGCUAAGAAACAGUAUGUCAAUGGCCAAGUCAAUUUCGAAACCGAGACAGAAAUAUGUCGUUAUAAUGUGAUAAGUGAUGCCCCAAGCGUUGAUCAGUACCCUCUGCCUUCGUCUCCAGUUGAUCAUUGGGGUCCGAUAGGUGUAGGCAAUGCUGGGCUUGUGCCCAUUACACAUCGUACUGCUGUCAUUGUUUCUAACAGGGAGCCAAUAACUAUUGGUUUUAAAUUCACACAGCAUUUAAUAUUUCAUCAUGAGUUAACCUGUCAAGAGAAGGAUCCCCUUACACUGCAGUCAUAUGUCAUGCAUCGUAAGUUUAAUUGCAACGUCCUGUUUACAAUCACCCCACCUCAUGCAUCUCGUUUUGGUAUCAAUAUCUAUAUCACCUAUCCCAAUGAUCCGCAGCAACAGAAGGUCCAUUUGUGUAGUUAUCUUUUGGUUGUAAAUGCUGUAGAAGAAACCAACGUACUACCAAUUCCCAUCCUUAGUAGAGGAUACUGGGGAGAAACAAGAGCAUUUACCAACCUAGGCUUAACUGCACUUAGCCACCCAGACCCAUUCAUUACCGUGCCUUCUGGUGACAGCCUGAGCAUCAAUAUUGGAAUAAGUGAGGAAGUUUUCUUACAACAUAGGCUUGAGUAUUACCAUGAUAAAUCUUUUAGUAAUCUUACAUCUACAACACAUGCUCAGUCUUCAAAGGGCUGUAUCUCAUUCCUUCUUCACCUACCAAAAAAAGGAUAUUAUGUUUUUAAAAUACUAGGCUCAAAUAGUAAUGAAGAGGGUAUGCCAAUGUCUGUGUGCUUUGAUUAUCUUAUUAAAAGAUAUUAAAACUUAAUUUACUACACUAACUAAAUAAUAAUUUUUCAUACCAACAUUAGAGCACUGUAUGCUUAUGUCUGCUUGUGUGCUCGGUUGCUCCGAUGAUUGCAACUGCAAGCAGUGGCGGCUCUAGGAUAUAACUUAUGGGGGGAUAAAAUGUCAAACUGGGGGGGCUAAGUAUUUAUGGGUGUAACUAUAGGCGCAGCGUUAUCUGAGGGCCGAAGACCAGGGGCAAGGGUGAGUAUGGAAGGGGAUGUCCCCUCCUCACAAACCAAGAUUUUUUAAAUUGGGACUUCUAGAUGGCUGGGAUGGGAAAACUAGGCUUAUUUUAUUAUAUUUUUUUUUUUGGUCCGACUGCCUGACAAGCUUUGGCCGAUGGUGGGGUGGGGGGCUUGACUAGACCGAUGGGGGCUUAAGCCCCCCUGCCCCUAGGGAGGCUAUUGUUUUUACCUGUGUUACUGUAUUCAUGUUUUUAUCAUUUUUGGUAGUAAAUUUUUUGUUAUCACUAAAGUUUGUACCUGUAUAUAUAUGCAUAAUAAUAUUAAAUGGCAUAUGAUUUACGUGAUCUACAUACCCACUUAAAAAUGCCCACAAUAUCUAACUGUUGGUACAGAUAUUUUUAGAAUUAUAAUUAAAUAAUAAAAUACAAAUUAUAGUUGAUGCAGACAUAUACAUUUUUUUUUUCACAUAUUUUAGUGUAAUAUUUGAUUAUUUUAAUUACAGUUUGCAAUAUGUCGCAAUAAGUAUCGCAAUAAUGGCCAAUGCCGUUGAUCAUAUAGAAACCUGUGAAACCCAAUAUGCCAAAGUAAUGCCAUAUACUUAAGUACAGUACAAUAAUAUUUAAUUAUGCUAUAUAUAUAUUUUAGAAAGACCUUGAAAGAGCUAAUGAAAUACAAUUUGCCUUUUAAAGAACAAUUGUUAGUCAAUAAUUUGUUCAUUAUUUUGGCACAAGCAGUUUAAUAAUAUAAUCAGCAAAACUAAAAAUUGGAUUAUACUGUAAAAAUGUUGUGAUAGAUGUAGACAUUUCUUAUUAAUUUACUUGGCUUAUAUUAUGGGUUAGCAUUGGGGAUAACUUAGGCACUUUAAAUUUAAAUUUUCUCUUACUUAGUGAAGAUACGCUGUACAGGCCCUUGGAAUUCCUGUGUGUUUUGCUUGCUGUGUGUGUCACAACUCUUUGUAUAUUCAUGUUAGUGUAAAAAUAUUAUUUUACGGUAUUUUAAUUGACAUAAUUAUGAAUUUAAAAAAUGCCCAUAAUGGUUAGAGGCCUAAAAAGGUGGUGGUAGGAAUGUUCUGCCAGAUCUGUGCAGGUGUCUGGACAAUAAAUCAUUACUCAAAGUAGUACAUUAUGAACGAAAAUAAAUCGGUUACAAAUCAGGUAUAUUUCUCUUCAAACUUUUAAUUUUGCUGAAAAACGUAUGAUGACGUGAUGGCGAUGGUGGUGAUGAUUGUUAAAACGAUGGUGGUGAUUACUGUGAUAAUAAAUGGCGGUGGUGACUGUGAUGACUUUAUAUAGUGGUAGUAAUGACUGUGACGAAGAUGGUGGUAGUGGUGAUAACUCAGCAUUGUGUUACUACAUUGUUUAUAAAAUUGUGAAGUUGCAAGUCAUGUAAUCUCUUCGCUUCAAGACGAAAACAAAAGAAUCUAAACGUAGUAGGUUAAAGAUUAAGCACGUGAUACGUUGUGCUAACAAUGCGAGGACAGUAAUCUAGUAAUAAAUUUAUUAUUUUUAUCUUUAUUUUAUAAAAUAAGUUAAUCUUAACGAUUUUUAAUUGUUUAGUCCGGGUAUUCUUUUUCAGUAUCCAGUUGUUUUUUUUCAUUGUUUCACAAAAUUGGAAAAUAAGGUGGAGAAUGAACAGAGUAUGUACUCUUAGCAACUUACGAACUCAAAAUGACAAUCAUGAAUGUAUUAUGUGCUCUUAAUAAGAAGGGGUAAAAUUAUGCACUAAUGGAAGGAGAAAGAGGGAGGUUGCAAAAGAGUAUGUUUUUUAAAUGAACUAUGCGACACUCACAGCAAUUUUUAAGAAUUAAUUUGUUUGAUAGAUUAUGAAUUUCAGUAUGUUGCUUUGGAACCACAAUUUGCUAAAACAUAAUAUUGUUAUAAGUCUCAGUAAAAUAAAAGAAAAACAAUCAAAAU